CGUCGCGUUUGUUUAAUCAGUCACAAAGCGGAGCACGACGGAGCCGCUGCUCAGGAUGGCGGACAUCCCUGUUGCCCUGUGGCUGCUGCUGCCCUUCACCAUUCUGGUGGCCCUCUUGGCUGUCUACCUGUCGCGCAACAACAGGUACAGGUGGUUCUACAUCCUGUACAAGACCCUGCCUCGAGAUGCUAGAGGUGCCAUUGGAUUUGCCAAAGUCAACUGGCGUCUUCGAAACUGGGAAAAAACAAACAUGAACGCUGUCAAACUUUUCCAUUCUAUUGUGAAGAAAAACCCUAACAAAGUUGCUUUUCAUUUUGAAGAUCAAACUUGGACUUUCAAACAGGUCCUAGAUUACAGCAGACGGGUGGCGUCUUAUUUCCACAAUGCAGGCUACAAGCAGGGUGAUGUUGUCGCCCUUCUUUCCACUAACAGGCCCGAAUAUGUAGCAAUUUGGUUGGGACUGGCGGAAAUCGGGGUGCAGGCCGCCCUGAUUAAUUCUAAUUUGCGACAACUGCCCCUCAUUCAUUCCAUCACAAAGGCCGUCACUGGUUGCACGGCUAUAAUUUUCGAGGCCGGCGAACUUACUGAUGCCGUCCGAGAUAUCGAAUCCGAGCUGAAUGGGAUGCUGAAGCUUCAAUUAGGCGCUGGCAACUCGAAUUUGACUGGUGCCAAAAGUUUGGACACUGAACUGGAAAAGGUCUCAACAAAACCCAUCCCUGGAGCUGUGGAAAAGCUCGGACCGAAGGAUAAAUUGGUGUACAUCUACACGUCUGGCACCACCGGCCUUCCGAAGGCGGCUGUGAUCACCCACCUCAGGUUCAUGUUCAUGUCGACGGGCGUUAACAUCAUGUUGCGGGUGAGGGAAAACGACUGCAUUUACACGCCACUGCCCCUCUAUCACACAGCCGGCGGAAUGCUUGGAAUAGGCAGCGUCGUUUUGUGCGGAGCCUCCAUGGCGAUAAGGAAGAAAUUCUCGGUCACUAAUUUCUGGACUGACUGCAUUAAAUACAAGUGCACAGCGGCUCAGUACAUUGGAGAGACCUGUCGAUACUUGCUUUCAGCCCCUGUAAAACCGGAAGACAGGGCACACUCCGUCCGAAUCAUGUUUGGCAACGGCCUCCGACCUCAAAUUUGGACUAAGUUUGUCGACAGAUUUGGAAUUAAAGAAAUCGGGGAGUUUUACGGAGCCACCGAAGGAAACUCUAAUAUUGUUAACUUUGACAAUACGGUGGGGGCAGUUGGAUUUGUUCCUCGAUAUGCUGGUAAGAUCUACCCGCUUGCUCUCGUCAAAGUUGAUGAAGAAACAGGAGAACCGAUCAGGGGCCCUAAUGGACUCUGCAUCAGAUGCAAAAUUGGAGAAGCUGGUGUCUUUGUUGGGAAAAUCAACAAGAAGAGAGCAGUGAAUGAUUUCCACGGAUAUGCGGACCAAAAAGCUUCCGAGAAAAAAAUUGUCACAAAUGUUUUUGAGAAAGGCGACGCCUAUUUCAAUUCAGGGGACAUUCUGGAAAUGGACGAGUUUGGCUAUUUCUACUUUAGGGAUAGAACAGGAGACACCUUCAGGUGGAAAGGUGAAAAUGUUGCCACUUCCGAGGUGGAGGCUGUUAUCAGCAAUGUUGCUGGGCUAAACGACGCCGUCGUUUACGGAGUCCAAAUUCCCGGGGCUGAGGGUCGUGCGGGAAUGGCUUCGAUAGUUGGGAUCACAACUGAGGAAGAUUUGGCCAAACUGGCCGCUGGAAUUAAGUCAAAUUUGCCAUCCUAUGCCCGACCAAUAUUUUUAAGAGUCCUUAAAGAACUGCCAAUGACAGGCACUUUCAAACUGAAGAAAGUCGACCUCCAAAAAGAAGCCUACAACAUGGACAUCGUGAAAGACCCCAUGUACUAUAUAGACCAAAAAACGGGCCAGUUCAAACGGCUGACUCGAGAAGUUUACCAAGAUAUUUUGGACAAGAAGUUCAAAGUGUAGAUGGUUGUUUAUAAUUUUUGGAUGCGUAUAAAUGCGACUACUUUUAAGUUAGUUUUUAAGAGGGAUCACAAAUUUUGGUAGCUCAAACAAUUGCCAUGUGAUUGAAUAAGAAAUCAGCCUUGCCCAAAAUUGCCAAUACAGGGAACCAGUCAUGUCCCUUCAAAGUGAACCAAGACUUAAACCUAGAUGUACUGCUGUCGAUUGCAAAAUGAAGUUGUGCCUUUUGUUUUUUUGUAAGACUCGGUGAUAAGUUACCUUGUACAAUUACUUUGUUUAAUAAAUCCUAUUUUGUUUCUUAA